GAUGAUUCGUCUGGAUGUGUUUGACCCAACCCACCAGUGCUUCCAGAGCUCCUAUAAAAAGCCUCCUCUCCCUUGUCUCCACCUGCCAAAAAUCCCUGGUGAAGGCCUAACAUGAACAUCCUGCUCGUCUCAUUCCUGGGGUGCCUUGUUGUGGCACUGCCCUCAGCCAGCGCUCAAAAAGUCAAAUGGUGUGUGAAGUCUCAGAAUGAGCUGUUGAAAUGCCAGCACCUUGCCACCAAAUCACCAGAGCUUGAGUGUUAUAUCAAGGCUUCUGUUACUGAAUGCAUGACAAGCAUCAAGGAUGGCGAUGCAGAUGCUAUAACUGUAGAUGGAGAACAUAUUUACAAAGCUGGACUGCUUCCAUACGAUCUCCGUCCCCUCAUAGCAGAGAAAUCUAAAGAAAAAUGCUAUUAUGCUGUGGCUGUGGUCAAGAAGGACGCCGACUUUACCAUCAGUGAUCUCAAAGGAAAGACUUCGUGCCACAGUUGUUACCAAAGUCCACAAGGCUGGAGUAUACCUAUAGGAAGACUGGUUGCAGAAAAGAAGAUUAUGUGGGAUGGUCCUGAUGACAUGACUCUCGAAAAGGCUGUGUCACAGUUCUUUUCAAGCAGCUGCGUUCCUGGAAUAUCCAAAGCUAGAUACCCAAGCCUGUGCCAAGCCUGCCAGGGUGACUGCAGCUGUUCACAAAAUGAAAAAUACAGCGGUGAUGAAGGAGCCUUACAGUGCUUGAAAGCUGGUCAUGGACAAGUUGCUUUUGUUCGUUGGGAUGCCAUACCAGCGAGUGAGAGGCCGAACUACCAGCUGCUGUGCAUGGAUGACAGCAGGAAAAGCGUUGAGGAGUACAAGGAAUGCUACCUCGGCAAAGAGCCUUACCGUGCUGUCAUUGGCCGCAAGGAUGCGGAUUCACAGAGCAUUUAUAAAGUCCUUAAACAGAUUCCGGAUUCAGAUCUUUUCUCUUCUGCCGCUUUUGGGGGUAAAGAUCUGAUGUUCUUAGACUCUGGACAUGCACUGAUGGAGCUCCCUAAAACAGACUCCUUCUUCUACCUGGGAGAAGAUUACUUUGACGCCAUGCGUGCCCUUAGAGGUGGGAGCCCGCCAGCCUUGCCUCAAGACCGUCCAAUUGAAUGGUGUACCAUUAGCCACGCAGAGCAAGAGAAGUGUGACAAAUUAAACACUCAGAUUCCCCGUAUCGCGUGCAAGAGGGCAUCAUCUGUGGACGAGUGCAUUCAAAAAAUCAAGCGCAAAGAAGCAGAUGCCAUUGCAGUUGAUGGUGGCCAGGUAUAUAUUGCUGGAAAAUGCGGUCUAGCUCCGGUUAUGGUUGAGCAGUAUGAUCAACAAAGCUGUACAGCUGGUGGAGAGGCCUCAAGUUACUACGUCGUGGCCGUGGUGCGUAAGGGCUCAGGUGUAACCUGGGGCAGUCUGCGAGGGAGGAAGUCCUGCCACACCGGCCUGAACCGCAAUGCUGGCUGGAAAGUCCCAGAUUCAGCCAUAUGUGGCAAAACAGACAAAUGCACCCUAUACGAUUUCUUCAGUAAAGGCUGUGCUCCUGGCGCUGAUCCUCAAUCCAACAUGUGUGAACUGUGUAAAGGCAGCGGGAAGGCGGUGGGAGAUGAUAGCAAGUGCAAAGCAUCUUCUGCGGAAUUGUAUUAUGGCUAUGAUGGGGCUUUCAGGUGUCUUGCAGAAAAAACUGGUGAAGUUGCUUUUAUCAAGCACACUAUUGUUGGGGAUUACACAGAUGGCAAAGGACCAGAAUGGGCCAAGGAACUGAAGUCAGGCGAUUUCGAACUGAUCUGUCCAGAAUCGCCAGACAAAACAUUUAAGCACGAUGAAUUUGUUAAAUGUAACCUCGCCACAGUGCCAGCUCAUGCUGUGAUCACCCGAGAAGAUGCACGCACCGAUGUGGUGAACGUUCUGAAGCAGGCUCAAUCCAGUUCAGACGGACUUUUCAAGUCAGAGGGCGAAAGAAACCUCCUUUUCUCUGAUUCCACAAAAUGCCUUCAAGAGAUUACUAAACCUCUGAGCGAAUUCCUGGAUAAAAAGUACACCGACAUGAUUGAGAGGACCUACGCUACUGGCCAGGGUGAACCAGAUCUGGUGAAGGCAUGCACACCGCUCAGUUGCGAGUAAAACGGAGUUCCUAACAGAGAUACACACCAAAUUCGGGCUAUUUGAGCUUUGUCUGACAUGUUUCCCAAAAUAAGAAUCUAUAUUUCUGAAUCACUCUAUUUCUCCUGAUAAUUGAACAGAAUGAGGGAAACGUGAUGUUCAUGUUAAGCAGCAGUGUCGGUUCAUAUCUUGUCGGUCAAACUGUUCACAUUCAGGAACAAAAUGGAUGUGAUUAAGUUUCUCUUUCAUUACAACAGGGGAUGAAAUAAAACUUUUUUUCUCAAA